AUGACUUCAGCGCUAAAGAAGCAACAAAAAAGUAUCUCUGAUUUAUCUGAAAUUGUAAAACACCUCGCCUAUGAUAUUCGUGAAGUUCGGGAUGGGGCUGCAAGAAGUAGUAACGUGGGGUCUGGUACAUCCAAAUCGCCCCAAAAUUACACUGGUACUAUUUUCGAACUCUGGGAAGACAUUGAUACCCUGUUCAAAGAAAAGAAAACUCACGAAAGCGGUCUAUGGCAAGGCUGUAUCCAAAGAAAUUUUCAUAAAAAAAUAACUAAAAAUCCGAAAGAAGAUACACUGGAUUCAUUAAAAUUAUGGGUGUCCAAGCAGAAGGGUGAAAUAGAUAGUGAACCUGAAAGUGAGGAGGAAGGAGAAGAUAAUAAUAAUGAUAGCUAG